GGAUACUGUGUUGGUCAAUUAGAGCAAGCUUCACUAUCGUAGUAGGAAAGUAUUAAGGAACUUGGUAAAAAUAUUCUUCAUUAAGCUUUUCUCUGCUCGGUUCACCUACUUAACAUAGGGAAAGGACUGAAGAUGGUCUAAUUAUGAUGAAAGAGUGUUCCAGUAGGCUUAUUGUGACGUGAGGGGUCCGUGGACAUAAAAUGGCGGAAGAACCAGCGCCAUACGAAGAAUAUCCGGACCGCUGUUAUAUUUACAUCUGACAAUGGCGAUAAUACGAUACAAAUUCUAACUAUGUAACAACAAUGUCGGUGACUGUGUACGCUUUACUGUUGACUCUCUGUACGGUGAGUGGAGACCCGACUGGGUGUACAUAUUAUCCAUCUGACCUUAAGUACGAGUGUUCCGCCAGGAGCUGGGCACUACCUCUAACUCUUUCAGAUUUCGAUCACGUGCCCCAGAGUCUGUCUCUGAUCGACGUCAAUGGGAAUCUGCCGUCAUCAACACCUACGGCAACAUUUUCCGGUUUUGCAGCAAUCAAUACGUCAUCAUUUGACGCCAAUUUCGUACCAACGUUUACCAUCCGGUGUUACAGAGGAGGAAUGUUGAUAUAUUAUGCUGGUAGCUUCACCGGACUUGGCUACUUCAAGAAUGUUCAUAUACAGAAUUGUGAGGUGUUAGCAAUGCCUGAUGACGGAUUACACGACUUCGGUGACGUAAACUACUUUGGUGUAGAGGGCGGCAUAAUCGGCGAUAUUGGUUAUGAUGCCUUCAGAGGACUCAAUGUGUGUCUUAUGAAUAUCCCUCGCCCACUUGGUACGUUUCUGCUUACGUCAAAGUUAGACUCCAGAGUACUUCCGAACGGAGUGCUGUAUGCACUUACCAAUGUAACAAACAUUGUGAUCGACAAUGCCAAUCUCGACACGUUACAGGUGGACAUGUUUCAAGCCUCCACAAAACUUAAAUCCUUAUCAUUAAGAUAUAACAUGUUUACAACUAUUCCAAAUAAUACGCUUUCAAGCCUACCGGGACUCCAAACCCUUGACAUCGAGGGAAUUGAACUGGAGUGUACAUGCGAUAAUGUGUGGUUUCUAGAUUAUUGUAAGGCCAACAACAUUUCGAUACGAGGAUCUGUAAUAUGUAGCACCCCUAGUUCCUACAGAAGUAAGUAUACGGAAUCAUCGAGCUGUUUCGUGAUAAAAGAACAAGAUUUUCAGUAAAACAUCAUUUGCAAAUCUCGUCUGUUUCAACCGUUACCCUUACUACGGCUUUCGUUGGGUUUUUAUUGGCUUCUUGGUCCAACAUGUUUUACUAACAUCUGG